ACCCAGUUCUGCGUCUACUUUCAUGCCGCAGCCUGCUUUGUUUACAUCUAGUUCAACCGGUUGCUGCAUUUCCAGUGUUUUACUACAUUUUUGAAAUAAUGGGAAAGAGAAAAGCAGGUCCAUCAGAUGAAAACCCAAAUGCUGAUUUAUGUGAAGUAUUGCUAGAGCUUGCUGACUAUGAGAAAAAUGUUACAAGGCAGAUGCAUAAGUUUAAUGCUUAUCGAAAAGCUGCAUCAGUACUUUCAAAGCAUCCAACAAGAGUGAAAAAUGGAACAGAAGCUAAAAGACUGGAUGGUAUUGGUGAUAAGAUUGGGAAGAAAAUAGAUGAGAUAAUUGCUACUGGCAAACUACAAAAACUUGAAAAGAUCCGAGCUGAUGACACUAAUGUUGCCAUAAACCUACUGACCCGAGUGACGGGGAUAGGCCCAGCUGCAGCUCAAAAGCUGGUACAGGAAGGGAUAUCGACAAUAGAAGAUUUAAGAAAACACCCAGAAAAGCUUAACCACCAUCAACAAAUUGGACUCAGGCACUUUGAAGAUUUUGAGAAGCGUAUACCUAGAGAAGAAAUGAUCAAAUUACAAGAUAUUGCUUUUAAAGUAAUCAACGAACUAGAUGAAGACUAUGAAGCUAAGGUUUGUGGGAGCUUCAGGAGAGGUGCUGACUCCAGUGGAGAUAUAGAUGUACUUGUAACUCAUCCAAGUUUUACUUCAAAGACAAAGAAAAAGAUAAGACUUCUGCAUGACAUAGUGGACAGCCUGAAGGAAACAGACUUCAUUACAGACACACUUUCCUUAGGAGAUUCCAAGUUUAUGGGUGUUUGUAGACUUCCAGAGGGAAAGGAUGGAAAAGAACAUCCCUUCAGAAGGAUAGAUAUCAGGUUAAUACCUCAUGACCAGUAUUACCCUGCGUUGUUGUACUUUACGGGCAGUGAUGCUUUCAAUAAGAACAUGAGAGCUAAAGCUCUAGAAGAAGGAUUUACAUUAAAUGAAUAUACACUGAGGCCAGUUGGAAGUACAGGUGUUCCAGGGGAGCCCCUUCCCAUCACCAGUGAGAAGGAUAUAUUUGACUAUAUAGGAAUGAAAUACAAAAAUCCAGAAGAGAGAAAUAUGUGAACUGUAACAUUAGAUCAUUAUAAGCAAUAUGAGUUUGUUUUUUUAAAUCAAAAUAGUUCACUAGUUUCACUGUAGGUUGAUGUUGAUGAAAAAAAUGACAUAUGUAUCGAAAGAAAAACACUGAGUUAAGUUUACUUUUCUUAUGUGACUAAAAAUGAAGGGACUUUAUAAUGCUGCAGGACUCCAUGCAGGGUGGUCAGUUUUCAUUUUUAAUCAGAAUCUAGUGAGCAAGUUUGAAUUAUAUGAUUAGUUUCUUGCAGUGGGUAAAUAAUAUCCUUUUGAAAAGUUUUCUAUAAUUCAUUGUUCAAUAUACAUUAUAAGUGAAUUUUAUUAAAAUUUUUUAUACCUUUU